GGGAGGGAAGGAAGGGAUAGAGAGAGAGAGAGAGAGUGUGAGGUGACGGACGAGGCGGCGGCCAUGAAGCUGCAGGCGGUGAUGGAGAACCUGCAGAGGCAGCAGCGCGCGCGCCUGGAGCUCGAGGCGCGCCAGCAGCACGAGAUGGAGCAGCGCGAGGGCCGGAGCGCGGGCGGCGCGGAGCCAACGGCCGGUCAGCAACUGCCAGGCGCGCGGCGGCAGCAGCAGCAGCAGCGGCAGCACGAGCAGCGCCUGAUCGCGGCGCAGCAAACCGCAGCGCUGGCAGCCAUGAGAGCGGCGGCGGCCGCAGCCGGAGCGGGGCUGACCCGACGAGGCGACCGGGAGCUGGGCAUGGAACCCGACGGCAGCCCGAGGCUUUCCGAGAGCAGCGAGGCCCUGUCGGAGGAAGACGAGGCGGCGGAGGAGGAGGAGGAGAUGGAAGGCGACGAGGAAGAGCAUUUCCCCGACCCCAUGGGGUCUGAGGAGGACAUGGCGGCGGCCGAGGAGGAGGAACAAGAAGAGGAGGAUUUUGAGGACGAGAUGGCGGAGGAAGCGGUCAGUCGAGUGAAGGAGGAACCCGGGGUGCAGCGCAGCGACCAGGCGCCGCGGCUACCGGGCCAGCGGCGCCCCCUGGGCGGGCUCGCCUACCCGCCACACCCGCAGCUCCCGCAGCCCCAGGAUCAGACCGAGUGGACGUACGAGGAGCAAUUCAAACAGCUCUAUGAACUAGACAGUGAUCCUCGAAGAAAAGAAUUUUUGGAUGACCUUUUCACUUUCAUGCAGAAGAGAGGGACUCCAGUAAAUCGGAUUCCCAUCAUGGCCAAGCAGGUUCUGGACCUCUAUAUGUUAUAUAUGCUGGUGACUGAGAAAGGAGGUCUGGUGGAAGUCAUCAAUAAGAAACUUUGGAGGGAAAUUACCAAAGGCCUCAGUCUUCCUACUUCCAUCACAAGUGCUGCCUUUACCCUCAGAACUCAAUACAUGAAAUACCUCUAUCCAUAUGAAUGUGAAAAGAGAGGCUUAAGCUCUCCCAAUGAACUGCAAGUUGCUAUUGACAGCAAUAGACGAGAGGGUCGAAGACACAGCUUUGGCUCUUCACUUUUUAGCUAUUCUCCCAGUGGGACGCCUUCAGCCCUAUCUUCUUCAAAGCUACAAGUGCCUACACUAAGUCUAGCCAGCAAUGGCAGCCCCAUUGGCCAUUUGACAAAAAUAAAGAAAGAGGACAAUGUAAGCAUUCCACUACCGUUAGGAGGCAGACUCCCUAUCUCGCUGUCCAGUCAGCAAGUAGCCGCGGUGCAGGCAGCAGCAGCCCAGGCGGCAGUUGCUGCACAGGCUGUGGCAUUAGAUCAGCUGAGAGAGAAGCUGGAAUCCGGAGAGCCACCCGAAAAGAGAAUGGCUGUUGGAUCAGAUGAGCAGCAACGACUGAUGCAGCGUGCCAUUCAACAGAAUCUACUUGCCAUGACAGCCCAGAUACCAAUGAACAUCAGAAUCAAUAGCCAAGAUCGCCAGGAAUCUGCAUUGAACCUUACUACAAAUGGCAUGAGUAGUAUCAGUAUGUCAGUUGAGAUCAAUGGAAUUGUCUACACAGGUGUUCUGUUUGGUCAAGGACCUGGAGUAUCUGGCGUUUCCAGCAGUAAAGGAAAUGGAAACAAAACUAACAGUUCUCAAGUCCCGCCUGGUCUGUCUGUACCUCGUACACCUACCUCCUCCUCAUCCCAUACUUCAAACAGCUCUUCACCUUGAGGCCAGAGCUAUGAGGAUGCCUACAGCUUCUGUAGCGCAGUGCAUCACUGCCAAACACUUGAAAAGAAGUUCUCAGGCUUUUAACUCUCAUGGAAAAUAAGUGUUAAUCUUCAGGGGUUUCAAUAGGAGUGGCUAAAACUGAAAGGCAACAGUUAAGCAUAAUCAGCUCUGCUUAGAAACUUUCUUAUGUAACUGGUGGAGAUCCAGGAGCAGCUAUCUACUACUAAUACCUCAAACAUCUACUUAAUAUUUAAUCAAGAAGCCAGAUUUAUAUCAUUGGUUAUAUUUUUCCUUUUACCAUUC